AUGGCUUUUCAGUCAGUUUUCUCGGCCAUUUUGGCUCUGCUGAUGGUGGGUACACUCAUCAACGCCGUCACCGGCACCCCGAUCACUGCUUCUGCUAUCGAACACACCUCCUCCGAGCCCAUCCGCAACACCACCCUCGCCUGGCCGUCCUACCUCCCUGGCUGGGGCACAGUGACUGUCUUCCGCGAGAAACUCGCCGACGAGUACAACACGGGCAUGCCGGAACAGCCUGGCGCCUUGGACGAAAUCCCCACCAUCUACAGCAUCCAUCGUCCGGGCCCCGGCGCCUGUAGCAACCCGUACACCUUCCCCGACACCGACGCGGUCAGCGGGAUGAUCUGUCUCCCCGAUGGUGACGACUACGAAUCCAUGGCCAAGGAUCUCAUGGUCCAGGAUUCGGCACCGAUGGGAAAGGAAUGUGGCCCCGGCGGAGCCUGGGGCUGCUUUUGCCCGUGUAUUGUGGGGUGCAGCGCGCUGGGCUGUUACGCUUGCUCGGACAGGCCAAUCUGA